GCUUCUCUCAAUUUAGUAGAAAGCUAUCUCGGCGCGACUGGACGAGGCUCCACAUGAGAUUUUAAUGAUUCUAUGACAACAACACUAUGAUGGUAAAAUACGUGAUUUUUUUUUGUUCGUUCUGUUUGGCGUACAUGUCCGCUCUUGAUCAAGUGGCCAUGUAGAUGUGAUAGUGUCAUACAAUGUGAUGUAGAUGUCAUAGUCAUAAAAUGCUAUGUAGAUGUGAUAGUGUCAUGCAAUGCCAUUUAGAUGUAAUGGUGUCAUACAAUGCAAUUUAAAUGUAAUGGUGUCAUAUAAUGUCAUGUAAAUAGAUGUACAGUCUCGUAAAACAGUGAGUACUCCUUGACUUGUUGAAUGUCUACAUACUUCUUGUGUCAGCAAUCAGUUAUUUGUUUGUAUGACUACAUACUUCUUGUGUCUGCAAUCAGUUAAUUUGUGUGUAUGUCUACAUACUUCCUGUGUCAGCAAUCAAUUAACUUGUUGUAUAUCUACAUACUUUCUGUGUCAGCAAUCAGAUAAUUUGUUUGUAUGUCUACAUGCUUCAUGUGUCUGCAAUCAGUUAAUUUGUUUGUAUGUCUAAAUUCUUCCUGUGUCAGCAAUCAGUUAAUUUGUUUGUAUGUCUACAUACUUCAGGUGUCUGCAAUCAGUUUAUUUGUUGUAUGUCUGCAUACUUACUGUGUCAGCAAUCAGUUAACUUGUUGUAUCUCUACAUACUUUGUGUCAGCAAUCAGUUAAUUUGUUUGAUGUCUACAUAAUUCCUGUGUCUGCAAUCAGUUAAUUUGUUGUAUGUCUACAUACUUCAUGUGGCUGCAAUCAGUUUAUUUGUUGUAUGUCUACAUACUUCCUGUGUCAGCAAUCAGUUAACUUGUUGUAUGUCUACAUACUUCAUGUGUCUGCAACCAGUUUACUUGUAUGUCUACAUACUUCCUGUGUCAGCAAUCAGUUAACUUUUUGUAUGUCUACAUACUGCAUGUGUCUGCAAUCAGUUAAUUUGUUUGUAUGUCUACAUACUUCCUGUGUCAGCAAUCAGUUAACUUGUUGUAUAUCUACAUACUUUCUGUGUCAGCAAUCAGAUAAUUUGUUUGUAUGUCUACAUGCUUCAUGUGUCUGCAAUCAGUUAAUUUUUUUGUAUGUCUAAAUUCUUCCUGUGUCAGCAAUCAGUUAACUUGUUGUAUGUCUACAUACUUUGUGUAAGCAAUCAGUUAAUUUGUUUGAUGUCUACAUAAUUCCUGUGUCUGCAAUCAGUUAAUUUGUUGUAUGUCUACAUACUUCAUGUGGCUGCAAUCAGUUUAUUUGUUGUAUGUCUACAUACUUCCUGUGUCAGCAAUCAGUUAACUUGUUGUAUGUCUACAUACUUCAUGUGUCUGCAACCAGUUUACUUGUUGUAUGUCUACAUACUUCCUGUGUCAGCAAUCAGUUAACUUUUUGUAUGUCUACAUACUGCAUGUGUCAGCAAUCAGUUUAUUUGUUGUAUGUCUACAUAUGUCCUGUGUCAGCAAUCAGUUAACUUUUUGUAUGUCUACAUACUUCAUGUGUCUGCAAUCAGUUUACUUGUUGUAUGUCUACAUACUUCAUGUGUCAGCAAUCAGUUAAUUUGUUGUAUGUCUUCAUACUUCAUGUGUCUGCAAUCAGUUUAUUUGUUGUAUGUCUACAUAUUUCCUGUGUCAGCAAUCAGUUAACUUUUUGUAUGUCUACAUACUUCAUGUGUCUGCAAUCAGUUUACUUGUUGUAUGUCUACAUACUUCAUGUGUCAGCAAUCAGUUAAUUUGUUUGUAUGUCUACAUACUUCAUGUGUCUGCAAUCAAUUUAUUUGUAUGUCUACACACUGUGUUUGUCAGCAAUCAGUUAACUUGUUGUAUGUCUACAUACUUUCUGUGUCAGCAAUCAGUUGUUUUUUGUUUCUUUUUUUGGUGGUAGUUUAUAUUCUUCAUACCACAACAAACAGUUCAUUCUGGUUUAUAUAUAUCAAUCUAUAUUAUGGUAUCAUCUAUUAAUCCCAAUAUUAGACUUCGCUUCGUGUACUCGACCGAGUCAUCGUUUUUCCACUAAAGAUUUUUACUAAAGGAUUAAUGUCAUAAAUGUAUUUCGGUUGUUUGGAAUCAAUGACAUUGGCCGGCCACUAUUGAUGUGUACCGGUACUCUCAUAAAACUAGGUUGGCAAAAUUGAACAACAUGGUGGAUAUUCACUGAAUCGUGCUUUUAUUAGAAAAAUUUACUAAUGAAUUUUAUAAUUGGUAUAGAAAAUGUGUUGACAUCGUUAAUCUUUGUUAAGACAACAAAAUAUUGAAGAUUUUGCAAUGCGUAUUUUUUUAAAUUAUGGGAAAAAAAAUUGCUUUAAAAAUUAAAAUAUUCAGCGAUAUUCAUCCACAUUAACCUAACAGUAACAUUUUCAUUUGGAAAUUUUUGUUAACUAAUUGGCACUAACUGGUAAAAAAAGAUAUAUUCACGGAGAUUAAUCGAACACCUAGUAAAAUAUAUGCUUAUUAUCCACUAUAACCUGCAAAAGUAUGACAUCAAAGUGUCCGUUAAGUAUAGAUAUGGGUAAUUUUAUAAUAUUAUAACUUAUGGAGAUAUUAUACGUUAUUUUAGCCCUUUAUGAUGUAUAAAAUAAAAAUGAAAAAUGAAAUGACUCUAUUUAAACAGAAAUUAUGUUUGGUACCGAUACCUUAACAUGACAUUGAAUAACUUCUGCAGAGAGAACCUGAAUAAAGCAAUCAACCGUAAAUAUUUUUUUUUUAGUAAUGAACGGCUUUAUAAAAUAUUUUAAUACAACCAAACCUCAAAACACAACGUCUUAAUAGAUACAACACAGCCAACUAAUUGUCACAUUUGCCCACUGAUAGCAGUUUCAAUUGAGUUUCAAUAUCUGAAGGGGGAAAAUCCCAAUAAAUCUCCCUGUCCAUUUCGACCAGUAAAACUGAAAUACUGAUCUGCUUUAAAUCGAAUGACUUCUGAAAAGCGAACCUGAAUGACGUAAUGAACCGGAAACAAAGUUCUGGAAAGGCGUUCGCUUUUUUUAAACACUUUUAAAAAAUAAAAAUUAUUUAGUUAUUUUCUUUCUCUGCCUUGCCAGCAAGAUCAAAAACAUAUUCAAAUGAAGUUUUUAACGUCUCGGCAUUUAGACAAUGUUGAUGUUUGACAAUGGAUGUAAUAAAGUUGAUUUUUUUUAAAAAGUUAACUCAAUUAAUGAGUAGAUUACUAGACAGGAUUGACAACGAAACAAACUAAUAAAAUUAAUUAUGUGUUUUAAACUUUAAUCCCUUGUUAAAAAUUGAUUUUUGGAUCUCCUUCAUGGAUCCACAUAUAGGCUACCCAUUGGCUACAUAGGGCCACAUAUGAGCAGCUUUGGCUCCAUGGCUAUUUCAUAGUGAGAAGAAUGAUUAUAUUUCCAAAUAAAAUAUACUAUAUAUAUAAAUAUAUCUAACUUCAAAAUAGCAUCAAAGUAUUUCAGUCAUUUUUAAACACUUAAAACCCUGAAAUUAAUUUAAAGAUCUAAAUUUUUAAAAAAAUGUUUCUUCAUUGUUUUACAUUUAUUUCAGCUCGGUCAAUCCGAAAUGUAAACAUUUUGUGGAUAUUUAUUUUGGUGAAGUAAAACAUGAUGAUAGAAAUAUCCAUGAAAAUUUCCAUCGACUGGAUAAACUUGUCUCAUCUUCAUGACGACAGCCAUCUCGUGGCUAAACAUCUCUCAUAUCUCCAUGGCAACAGCCAUCUAGUGGAUAAAAAUCUCUCAUUUCCAUGACAACAGCCAUGUCUUCUAGUCAGACGUCAUGUCAUCACCCUCCUCCCUUUUCCAUUGAAGCAUUGAUUUCUCCGGGGUUCAUGUAUUCACCAAGACAAACACAGCAACGUGAAAGUCACCGAAAUGCUUCUGCUGUGAAUGAUAACUUGGACGGCGCAUCUCACCCAAAAUCAAGCUCUUUCGGACCAGAAGGCGAGAGUCGAAUACCCAAUUCUCCACUCCCGGGGCCACAUGCACCCACUCGUAAAUACGACCUAAACAACAUCGUGAAUUUCAUCCCUGGUCGUAACUUAACCUCGUCCAAUCCCAACAUUCUCACUUUAGCCUUGGCUAAUCCAAACGUUCCUCUCUUCCAACCCCCAGCGCAUUUCUCGGCCAUUGACGUACUUUCGAGAAGUGCUUACCCACUACCCCUUCCACACUGUCAGCAGCUUCACCCGUACAGCGCGUACCCCCCUCCAUCCGGCUUUCUACUGUCAAACAUUACUGACCACAGGUCAUCAUUGGUUCCCAGGAGACAGGUACUGCCCACUCCAGCUCCUUACCCGACGUUCAUCAGAGACAUUUCCCACAUAUUGCAGUUCCCCAAAUCCCAAACAAACAAAGAGAAAAAGAAUUUCGGGGCGCGGGAAGAAUGGGCACCCGCACUGAAUGGUGGAUUCAUGACCAACAAACGAUCGCUGUCCCCGACGUCAACGAGAUCAAGGUCACCCCUAUCUCCAAAUUCAAGGUCAUCUCGAUCGCCGAGGCCGUCAUCAAUGUCAAGGUCCCCCAGAUCACCGAGGUCAGAGGACAAGGACGUAUGUCUCGAUGAACUCAAUACUAAUAACGAGGCGAUAAGCGAUAUAAAAUUAUCCAAUGCUAUGAAUGCGUCAGACGGGAGGGUGCUAGUAACAUCACCAACAAUAAAAGUGAUGACUCCAUCAAGCAGCGCAGAAUCGUUGACUACGUCAACAUGUGGUUUAACGUCUACGAACAUAAUCAACACCAUGGCACACAAUGACAUGGCACGCCAUGACACGGCACGCCAUGACACGGCGCGCAAUGACACGGCGCGCGACGACCCGGCACCGGAUGACACAGCAGCACACGACGACGCGGAGUAUGACGAUGGGCUCAGAGCUGCAGCAUCAGCCGAAGACGACGGCUGGCCCGAGGGAGAUGAUGAAACAAAGGAUGGGGAGAGAAGUUCUGGUGAGCGAUGCAUGUCUCUGUAACCGAAUGUCCACUUUUGUUUACUUUGGUGAUUUAACUGGGGUUGAGUUGGAACAAGCAUGGGGUUCCUAUAGGAGUUGCGGUUGGGGUUGAGUUGGAACAAGCAUUGGGUUCUUAUAGGAGUUGCGGUUGGGGUUGAGUUGGAACAAGCAUUGGGUUCUUAUAGGAGUUGCGGUUGGGGUUGAGUUGGAACAAGCAUUGGGUUCUUAUAGGAGUUGCGGUUGGGGUUGAGUUGGAACAAGCAUUGGGUUCUUAUAGGAGUUGCGGUUGGGUUUGAAGGACUUACGUUUACAUUGGCGUUGUGUUUUGAAGGGGUCAUGUUUCAAUUUGGGUUGUGUUUGAAGGGGUUAUGUUUCAAUUAAAGGUUGUAUUUGAAAGGGUUAUAUUUAAAUUAGGCUUGUGUUGGAAUGGGAGUUGUAUUGGAACGGAUUUGAAGUUGAACAGGGGCUGUAUUUGAAAGGGGGGUGUAUUUGAAUGGGGGUGUAUUUGAAUGGGGGUGUAUUUGAAGGGGGUGUAUUUGAAAGGGGGUGUAUUUAAAAGGGGGUGUAUUUGAAUGGGGGUGUAUUUGAAAGGGGGUGUAUUUGAAAACGGGUGUGUUUCAAAGGGGGUGUAUUAGAAAGGGGUUGUAUUUGAAAGGGGGUGUAUUUGAAAGGGGGUGUGUUUGAAAGGGGGUGUGUUUGAAAGGGGGUGUAUUUCAAAGGGGCUGUAUUUCAAGGGGGCUGUAUUUCAAAGGGGGUGUUUUUGAAAGGGGUUGUAUUUGAAAGGGGGUGUAUUUGAAAGGGGGUGUAUUUGAAAGGGGGUGUGCUUUAACGGUGGUGUGUUUGAAAGUGUUUUAUUUGAAAGGUUUUGCGAUUGAAAAGGGUUGAGUGUGAGAUAGAAAUGUGUUUGAACGGGGCGUUGGUGUGAAAUCAAUCGGAAUGUUUGUGUGUGUGUGUGAUUUGGGAUCAAAUAACAAUAUAUAUUUGGUCUGGAUCAAACAGAACUGACAUGUCAACCCCCAACAAUCGAACAUCUGCAUACAACGACAACAAAUCCUUUCAUAAAAUAAUUUUUUUUAUAGCCUUUGAGAAGUCAUUUUCCAGUUUUCUCUGGUGGUAAGAAUAAGGGACAGCCCGCACUAUUUUAAAGUCUCCUUGUUGUUAAAGCGAGAUUACAUUUUCCACGUACAAUUCCUGUUCUUAUUUUUAAUAUACAUAUUACAUAAAAUUAAACUGAACAGCAAUGUUUAUUUUGAAACAUCUUCAUGGAGUCUGUAAAGAUUUAAAACCAAUACUGUUUUACACAAAUCUUCUGUCUAAGUCUUUGUCAAAGGGAAUUGCAAUUCUAAGUCUUUGUCAAAGGGAUAUGCAAUUCUAAGUCUUUGUCAAAGGGAUAUGCAAUUCUAAGUCUUUGUCAAAGGGAUAUGCAAUUCUAAGUCUUUGUCAAAGGGAUUUGCAAUCCUAAGUCUUUGUCAAAGGGAUAUGCAAUCCUAAGUCUUUGUCAAAGUGAUAUGCAAUCCUAAGUCUUUGUCAAAGGGAUAUGCAAUCCUAAGUCUUUGUCAAAGGGAUAUGCAAUCAUCCAUGAAUCUGUCGUAUCUAUAAAUCUGGUGAUGUCGGAUCUAUAAAUAUGUAGUCUUAAUCAAUGUGAAAGUGAUGUCAAAUCUAUAAAUCUGUAGUCUAAAACUAUGUAAAAGUGAUGUCGAAUCUAUAAAUCUGUAGUCUAAAUCUAUGUAAAAGUUAUGUUGAAUCUAUAAAUCUGUAGUCUAAAUCUAUGUAAAAGUAAUGUCGAAUCAAUAAAUCUGUAAUCUAAAUAUAUGUAAAAAUGAUGUCGAAUCUAUAAAUCUGUAGUCUAAAUCUAUGUAAAAGUGAUGCCGAAUCUAUAAAUCUGUAGUCUAAAUCUAUGUCAAAGUGAUGUCGAAUCUAUAAAUAUGUAGUCUAAAUCUAUGUAAAAGUGAUGCCGAAUCUAUAAAUCUGUAGUCUAAGUCUAUGCAAAAGUGAUGUCGAAUCUAUAAAUCUGUAGUCUAAAUCUAUGUAAAAGUGAUGUCGAAUCUAUAAAUCUGUAGUCUAAAUCUAUGUAAAAGGGAUGUCAAAUAUAUAAGUCUGUAGUCUAAAUUUAUGUGAAAGUGAUGUCAAAUCUAUAAAUCUCUUGUCUAAAUCUAUGUGAAAGUGAUGUCAAAUCUAUUAAUCUGUAGUCUAAAUCUAUGUGAAAGUGAUGUCAAAUCUGUAAAUCUGUAGUCUAAAUAUAUAUGAAAGUGAUGUCAAAUCUAUAAAUCUGUAGACUAAAUCUAUGUGAAAAUGAUGUCAAAUCUAUAAAUCUGUAGUCUAAAUCUAUGUAAAAGGUAUGUCAAAUCUAUAAAUCUGUAUUCUAAAUCUAUGUAUAAGUGAUGUCAAAUCUAUAAAGCAAUAGUCUAAAUCUAUGCAAAAGUGAGGUCAAAUCCAUAAAUCUGUAAUCUAAAUCUAUGUAAAACUGAUGUCAAAUCCAUAAAUCUUUACUCUAAAUCUCUGUAAAAGUUAUGUCCAAUCCAUCAUGAAUCUGUCGUCUAAACCUCUUUAAACGUGAUGCUCAAUCCGCCAUGAAGAUCUGUCUAAAUCUCAGCAUAAGUGAAGUCCAAUCCUAGCAAUGACUGCUGCUCCCUUCCUGCCCGACUUAAGCCCACUUCACAACUUUCCAACAAUGGGGAAAAACUUCUCACGCGGGCGAAGAUCUGGUUUCAAAAAGUUCGCCCAGAUAAAAGCCCCCAUUCAGGACAAGAAAUUGCCUUUUUCUGCCUCGGUAGAUUUCUUCACUCGGGAAUUCCAGGAGCAGCGUGGCAUUAACUUAAGAAUAAUUUGAGGAAGUUUUUGUUGGGGAUUUUUUUCCUUCUUCUUUUUAAAGUGUUAUUUCAUGAGGUUUGGCGUUGAAAUUUUAAUAGUUAAUUUCCUAACUACUUGUGUUUCUUUUGAGAGAUUGUGUUUGAGCCCUCAGCCCAAAGUGUUGGGUGGGGGAGCCUAACUGUGUAAUGGUAUUGCCAUGAGAUGUCUCUUAGAGCUUAGUUUUCGGAACAAUGGGUUGGUAUCAGGGUGCGUAAAUACGGGUCGCUCCAGGGGCGUAUACCAUGGGUCUGACAAUGCCCGCUCUAAGGCAAAGUAGUUCGCCCACCUUUACAAGCAUCAUCAUUGUAAACCGGGUGUGUAAAAACAAUUUGAUGAAAAUUUCCAAGUCAGCCUGGCCAUUAAAUUCAACAGACUGCAUAUAAAUACUAUAACACAAUAUGCGAUCGGUGUCUGUGUGCAGUUGGGGGGGGGGGGUUGGGGCUGUUAGAAAAUGUCCGGACGUUGUUUUUCUGUUCUCCUGCUGCACAGGGCAUUGUUGUACUGAUCCAUAUUCAACAGACUGCAUAUAAAUACUAUAACACAAUAUGCGAUCGGUGUCUGUGUGCAGUUAGGGGGGGGGGGUUGAGGCUGUUAGAAAAUGUCCGGACGUUGUUUUUCUGUUCUACUGCUGCACAGGACAUUGUUGUACUGAUCCACUACUGUACCGGACGUUGUUAAACUGGCCCACUGUUGGACCGGACGUUGUUGUACUGACCCCACUGUUGUACCGCACGUUGUUGUACUGACCCAUUGUUGUACCGGACGUUGUUGUACUGACCCGCUGUUGUACCGGACGUUUUUGUACCGUUCCUCUGCUGUACUGGAUGUUUUUGUACUGUUCCACUGCUGUACCAAGUGUCAUCUUCCUCGAGAUUUAGGAUAUUUUGGAAGGAUAGCUAACACCAUAAGAAUAUCAUCCAUGGACAGCAAGCACCAAAAUAAUAUUAGCCAUGGACAGCUGGCACCAAUGAAUAUCAGCCAUGGGCAGCUAGCAUCAAAAGAAUAUCAGCUAUGGACAGCUAGCCACAAAAGAAUACUAACCAUGGACAACUAGUACCAAAAGAAUAUCAGCCAUGGGCAGCUAGAACCAAAAGAAUACCAGCCAUGGACAGCUAGCACCAAAAGAAAAUCAGCCAUAGAUAGCUAGCAUCAAUGAAUAUCAGCCAUGGGCAGCUAGCACCAAAAGAAUAUCAGCCAAGGACAGCUUGCCACAAAAGAAUAUCAGCUAUGGACAGCUAGCACCAAAAGAAUAUCAGCCAUGGAGAGCUAGCACCAAAAGAAUAUCAGCCAUGGACAGCUAGCACCAAAGGAAUAUCAGCCAUGGAACGGCUAGCACCAGAAGAAUAUCAGCCAUGGAACAUGGAUCACCUUGGUGAAAUUAUGCAACGUUUGCACCUACUUCAUGUGCACUCACCUUACACAUGCUUGCUUCUACUUCAUGUGCACUCACCUUGCACAUGGUUGCUUCUACUUCAUGUGCACUCACCUUGCACAUGCUUGCUUCUACUUCAUGUGCACUCACCUUGCACAUGCUUGCUUCUACUUCAUGUGCACUCACCUUGCACAUGCUUGCUUCUACUUCAUGCGCACUCACCUUGCACAUGCUUGCUUCUACUUCAUGUGCACUAACCUUGCACAUGCGUGUUUCUACUUCAUGUGCACUCACCUUGCACAUGCUUGCUUCUACUUCAUGUGCAGCUCCCAAACCCAACUAGUUUAGUUAGACAACCGUUUCAUUGUGUGGACAUUACAUGUAUUUUACUGAGUUUGCCUGUGGUAGUCUGGUUGGUGAGCUGGCGUGUAUGAAGUUAAAGCAGUUCGCAUUGAGUUUUCAAGACUUUAUAUGCUUGCUAAUCUUGUGCUAGUCCCAAGCUAGUUUGAUAAUGUAAUUCUGAUUCUGAAUCGCACUAUGUGUUCUUGAAAUCAGCUGUUUCAAGCUGACAAGCAGUUUGACGAAUGCUAGGAAAGUUUGUUGCAGCAGCUGUCCAGUUACUAUUAAGAAGGAAAGUAAAUGGAAUAUAUAAAUACACACACACACAUUCUAAAGAUUCCCAAAAAAAAAUAUUUAAAUAGGCCUCAAAAUCAUCUUGUAGUUUUUCUAUGCAUUUUCUAACUUUAGGUAUUUUUUUUCCCACACUAAAGACUGUAUAAAUAUGAAACAGCUGACGUGACACCUAAUCUGUUUUAGAGAAACUCCAUCACAUUCUCACGAAGUAGCCACGCACACAAAACGCUACAGAACUCUUCCUUUGCUAAGUCUUUUCCUUUUUUUUGGCUUCUGACAUCAUUAUGUGCCAAAAGCAAAGUCCAUUGUACUGCCCGUGGCACAUCUGAGAAACGUUGAAACAGGCGAUGCAGCGAAAUGUGUACAUUUGCCGACUGUUGAAAUCCUUUCCGUAAUAAAUACACGGCUCCGUUUUAAACAAAGAACUGACUGGUCAAUAAUAAAAUGAUACUAUUUCAAUUUUAUUCCAGCCGCUUGGAAUGGGAGAAUCCGCUUUUAACCCUUUAAGGAAUCGGCAUGACAGAAUCUACUUUUUACAAGAGUUACGGGAUCUCCAGUACAGUUAAUUGUACAGUAUAUUUUUUGAUGAGCACUAUACCGAUACAAAAUGUCAGACUUAUUGUUUAAAAAAUUAUCUCAUUUAACAAUUUUAAUCAUAGAAUAUUGGUUGGCGCGUCUUUCUGUUUGUGCAAGUUUUGAGAAUCCCUGGUGUAAGACGACGAUAAUGUAGAGAACUAGUUUACAGCCAUAUGGAGAUAUUAAAAGAAUUGAACGAUUUAGAACAUAAUCCAUAACAUAAUCCAUGUCACGGAUGACAUGAAGUGAUCGGUAUCGCAAUAUUUGCAGGUCUCAUGUAAUCUACCCUACCCCGCCCACACAAAAACAGUUGUUGUUUUUUCCCCUUGAGUUCCCCGGAUGUGACAGUUACGUCUAAUCCCCCGGAUCAUCAUUCUGCGUCCAUAACAAUAAUAAAAUCCAUGAUACCUGCAUCCACAAUCAAUCAGUCAGACGUGAUUCUAGGUCAUAAAUUUGCCGAUGUUAGGGGAAAACUGGACAUUUUCGUAGGUUGAAAGGGAGGUAUAUGUUGAGUGGGAGUUGCUUUGAAGGUUUUGAUUGACUGAGCUGUGGGACAGAUUGGCGGUAUACCAAUAUGGGGAAGCUCAAGUUUGUGUUGUUUGUGGUUUGUGCGGAGGGGAGGAGGGGGGUAUCGAACUAUUAAGUUAAUCAUAGUUAUGUGAAGACUCAAGGGAGGACUCAUAGUUUUGCAACGUCGGCGAUGCCUCGUUGCUUUAAAAUAAUGCUCUAUGUUUCACCAGUUGAAUUAUUUGUUUUUGCCUAUUAUGCCAAUAUCUUUUUUUAUUAUCUAUCUCUUUGUUUGCCUUCACCUUCAAAGUAAUGGAAAAACAUAAAGUCAAGCAUCAAACCUCGAAUCUAUCAUUUUUGGUCAAAAUACACUCCUGGUUAUCAACUUAUACACGUUCAUGCUCAUAACUUGAGAGAAAUAUUUCUACGGCAGUUCCAUUAAUUUGAAAAUUAUCUAAAAUUUGUUUUAUGAAACAGUUUUGUUUGUUUUUUUUAAUGUUUUUAAUGCAGAUAUUAUUUUACUACAAUUUAUUUAUUGUUUGUAAAUUAAAUUGGAAUUAACAAUUUGUUAGUGUUAUUUUGUGUCUGGGUGAACCGUGCGUUUUUUAAAAUCCUUUAUAAUAACUUCGCCCUUUAUUCGUGGAUGGCUGGCUGGCUGUCUGGGUGGCGGACUGGCAAAGUCCUAGGACGGCUAACUGACCCACUUCCCAUCAAACUAUCGAGCUGAAACUUGGCACAAAGACUAGUUGCCAAUGUCAACACAUUUUUUUUUCUUCAAAUUUUCAGCCCCAUCUCCAGCCCAAAUAAUCAGUUUUUUCCUGUUGUUCAAGAACAUAAAGUAAAAUUCCCGAUAACUGCGCUAAAUGAGUUCCUUUUUUAAAAAAAAUCUCGCUAGUGCGUUUUGUGCGUUUUAUUUUAUUUUCCUAAAAUCGUCGGGUAAAAAUGAAUAUGCGGUGUAAAAAGCGAGUGGGUCAUUAGAAUAUUAAUUUAGGUAAGGGGCGUGAAAAGAAUGUGUGGUAUAGAGUCUGGGUGUGGGGGGCAGGGGCACUUAUUGGGGAUUUUUUUAAAGCACGUUACUUGUGUAAAGCACGUUACUUGUGUACAUGUUUGACAAAUGUUCAGCCCACCCCAUAACGCGAUGUUACAUUUCAUAAUGGAUUUAUACCACACACAAAAACAACUAUAUUUUUAGGGUUUAAUUAAAAAUGAUAUCCUAAUUAACAUUUUGUUAUCUUGAAGCAACUUAAAGUUUUCUUAAUAGCAGGUUAGGUAAUAGGAAACAAGUAGCUCAGAUUACGGGUAAACUGAACAAAACAAAAGAGACAUCGAAACAAUGAAAGUGUCGGCAGAAAGCCUAAUUCUUCGGCUAACAAAAAUAAGGAAACAACGAAAUAAAUUGAAAUAAAAUAACUUAUCUUAUAUUGUGUAGAGCUCAAGGAAAACGCCAGCUCAUGGAGACUCAUGCUAAUUGCCCCAGAUCUUGAUGUGCUUGUAGAUCGCUUGUAUAAACACGCAGUUGAACUUUGUUCGAUUCUCACUUCGAUGCAACUUUUUUUCCUCUAUGCGUUUCCUUUUUUUGGAUUUUUCAAAUAGAUUGUAGCAUUCCAUUUUCCCAAAGUUAUUUGUUAAGACAUUACAGUUAUAGCGAUGUCAAUUUUUCUAUUGAAAUGCAAAUGGUGUCCGAGAAAUAUUUUUUUUAAUGUACCGGGCAGCGAAUUUUUUUUUAAAUUUUUAAUUUAGCAAAAAGAUUUUUCAAACAAACAAUUUUAAUUUAUUAUACAGGCCUGUACAACUCAAAAUGUUAGGCGGACCGUAAUACUUUAUGAAAAAACCUGUACGGGCCGAAAGAAACUAGGACGGGGGGGGGGGGGAGCUAUUAAAAGAAUUAUAAAAAAUAAUAUUUCGUUACUUCGCGGGCCGCAAUGUGGGUGCUGGCGGGCCGUAUGUUGUGCAAGCAUUUAUUAGACAUUAAGAAAGACUGUCUAGUGUCAGAAUUUGAACGCAGCUCUUUGAAACAUAAUUUAAUACCGGUAUUUAAAUACAUGAACUAUUCGCGUUUUUAACCAGUAUGCCCUAAUAUGAAGUAUAAUUGUAUAUAUAAUAGGAGAUUCAAAGCAAUCAAAGAUUUAUUAUUUUUGCUUUCCAAUACUUUAUUUAUAUAUAUAUAUAUAUAUAUAUAUAUAUAUAUAUAUAUAUAUAUAUAUAUAUAUAUAUAUAAAUAAUGUAUAAUUGUUUUAAUCAUUCUGUACUUUCUAUUUCCAGAAGAUCUCGGCUCUAGUGGCGAUGAAAGUCGAAGCAGCUCCAAAAUUAUAUUUUCAGUGCACGCCAAGGGUAAUGGGAACCAUCACGGCCAAAAGCAACCAUGGACCUACAUCGCGGGAAUGCACCUGACAGAUUUCAAAGAGUCGCCGGUUACUGGAGCAGGAGACGAUUCACCAGAGAGGGUAGAUCAACCUCACAGACCACUGACAGGAGAGUACAUCAGAAACCACGAGCCUCACCAUCCCAUCGUUGACGCUAUGGAUCAAAGGUCGCUUUCCGAAGCUCCUCACCUCGCUGCCAAAUCAGAGCCCGGGCGCAGUAAUCCCUCGCAAACCCCCGAUGUUGGUGAGAGAGACGAAGAAGCAAGUGUUUCUUGUGAUGGUCAGCUAAACCGUCGCCGCGGACCUCUGAGUGUCGGCGAAACACGCGAAAGCUUGCGGCCGGACACUGAUGACGUAGAAAGUAGUUUGAGAACCGGUGAAGUUGUGUCGGAGGCAACGCGUGCCAAGGAUUGCGAGUCCAGACACCGAGAUGACGACAUCCCUUCGCGUGAGCCACGCACCAACGUACUUUCAAAAUCAGAUUGUUUCAAAUUUGACCCACGAUUUCAUGCGUUUGAAUACCUCUCAACCACCCGUCAUGAAUCUGCUUUUGAUGUGCGAACUGUUCCCAUAGAAAGACACCGGGGAUCCAACAAUCCUCACAUUGAUGGAAAUAUCAGACCUAACCAUCCAAAAUUUGAUUUUUCGCAGGUGCUCACCACUUCAUCUGCAGGUGACACUGCAUCAUCCCAAGGAUACCUCAACUCAUUUUCUCACCAACGGUUCUCACACUCUUUGACAACAUGUAGCGCUUUUGAGGAUGCUUCAACAGUCUCCCGUUUAACGGCCUCGAAAUACGACCCAGAUCUUGGGUGUGUCGGAGACAGUUCUCCGCACUUUCACAGUAAUUUCUGGUGGACCGCUAGCAGGAACUUAUCCCCUGUACCAAACUUUAUAGGUCACCAAUCCCAUCAACAGCAUGCCGCCAUGUUUUCCAAUGCCAACACCCGUCCGGGGUUUUCGGGUGACCCACUUCCUUUGAACCCACCCCACGAGGUGGGAACAAAAAAUACUGAGAGGAUGGUGAUGAACGAUUGUCUCAAAAGUGGUCAAACUCGAGUCGAUAGUCCAGACCAUAAAAACGUCUAUGACAAAACAGCCAAACCGUGUCAGACAGGUCUCCAUAAAAGAUCACCGGCCGAUGGCUCCGCUACUUUAGUGACAGGUAGCCCCACCGGCGCAUCAAAGAUCGAAGCCUCCAGCGAUGACGAGAACACGGAUGACGGCGGAUGUGAGGGCAAGUCGAGACGCAGGAGGACCGCCUUCACCAGCGAUCAGCUGCUGGAGCUGGAGCAAGAAUUCCACAGCAAGAAAUAUCUCUCCCUGUCCGAGCGAUCGGCCAUAGCCGCCCAGUUACGCCUGAGCGAGGUCCAGGUAGGUCUUUGUGCCUGUGAUCGUUUCAUAUGACUUGUAUAUAAUAGCGUGUAAUUAUUUAUAUAUCUGAUUGUUGGCGAAUAGUACGUCCUCUAGGAGUAGGUCUCCUUCGUAUGGCAACAGAAAACACCGUCAGAGUCGAUAGGAAUGCGUGUCUUUCUCCUAGCCUCUACAUAGGCUGGUGUCUAGUAUGACGUCAUUUAACCUUAAGACAUUUAGAAGUUCAGGUUUACUUAUUUAUCGGAUAAGUGUUCACAAUGCAGUCAACAAACUGCCAGUACGGGAAAAAGUCACUUACGUAUCCAAAUAAAUGCAAGUGUCAAAAAAAACAAAAAACGAUGCAGCUAUGAUAAAAAUCUAUAUUAACCGCUAGACAAAAAAUUAAAACUAAUGAUAAAGUCUCUCCUAACACCACAAAGGUGUUCUCUAUCAUAUUCAUAUCUCUCAUUUAAUUUAAUCUACUCUAAUAGUAAACUCUUGUCUACUCUUAUCUAUUCUUAUCUACUCUAAUCUACUCUUAUCUACUAUAAUCAACUCCAGAGGUCUCCAAACUAUGGCCCGCGGGCCGGAUAUGGCCCGCGAGGCCUUCUCAUCCGGCCUGUGGAGACCUUUCGUUCUAAAAAAAUUACGGAAAUUUACGUGCAUUCUGCCAGGUCAGCCACCGCUUACGUGGACGUUAUGGCUUUACCGAUUAAAAUAGAGGCACGCAGUUCACAGUCAAUGAGAUAAUGUAAUGCCAUCUAGUGGCGGAGUUUUCAAAUUGUUUGCUACUUGUUCAAGACUUGAUUUUUUUUUAUCACAGCUGCGGUUAACUGCUGCGAUGAGGAGAUGUUGGUGUCAGUUAGCGUCUGAUUGCGAAACAAGGUGCACUCUAUUUUAUUUAGUGAUAAUUUCCUUGACCUAAUUACUUAUCAUGGUGCUAAAAGUAUUGGGAAUGGCGUUAUAGUUUAGUAAGAAUUUUUCGAAUACUCUGAAGAGGAAACAUUAAAUGCAACUAUCUCUUUACCCUAAGGGAAUAUAUUUGCACACUAUAUUCAGGUAAGUUUAACUUAGGAAAUUAUAAGAAUUUUCGGGUCAUUUGCAGCUAUAAUUGCGACUGAGUUAGUUCGCAUAAACAGAUUUUUUUUGGAGCGAUAUGGUGUGCAGGAUACGUUCAGUUGAGUUCACUUUAUUUUUGUGCCCAGCGAUGGCCGGGAAGAGUAAAAUAGAAAUAGACGAUGAGUGUCGGCAAUUUCAUGAAAAAUGGAGUUUGAAAUACUUCUUCAUCAAAUCCGACGAAGAGGCAUAGUGUGUGAUUUGCUACGAAACCGUGGCUGUGAUGAAAGAAUACAAUCUGCGCCGUCAUCCAAGCAAACAUCAGGAGAACUAUAGACUGUUGGAUAUAGAUAUAGUCUGUGUGGAAAGUUUUUCUAAAUUAUAAAAUCAACUCACAUCUCCGAGGACAUUGUUCAGUAAAUCCUGAAAAGAAAAUGAAUCCUUAACUAAGAUCACUUAUAAAGUUGCCUAUAGGUCCUGGCUGAAAGGGGCAAACCGUUUACAGAUGAUGAAGUAGCGAAGGGAUGUUUGUUGGUGGUGGCUGAGGAACUUUGCCCAGAAAACUCAAAACAAUCUGAAAAUGUAGCUUUGGGUGCAAAUACCAUGACCCGCCGUGCGUUGUAGACCUGGGUGAAAACAUUGUGGCUCAAAUAGCGAAAAAUGCAAGCAAAUUCACCAUUUUUCAAUUGCAAUGGAUGAAUCAUCACUGGACAGCUGUUCCACCUCUCAACUGCUUGUGCUCAUUAGAGUUGUGGAUGAAGACAGGAACAUAACACAAGAGCUGGCGUCCUUAUAUUGCAUGUAAGGCACUGUUAACGGAGAGGAUAUAUUCAAUGAGUUGAAAAAACAACAUUUGCUGAUUAUAACUUGGACUUGACUAACCUCAGUUGUCUGAUUGUUGAUGGAGGAAAGAACAUGAAUGGCAUUAAGAAAGGCUAAAUUGGUUGGACAAGUGAAGCAGAUGUGUAAUCAGAAAAACCAAUGACCAAUGCUCCAGCACCGUAUUAUUCAACAGCAGGCUUUGUGUGCUAAAUGUGUGGAAAUUUGCAGUGUACUGACUCCUGUGGUGAAGAUAGUGGAUUCAAUAAGGUCACAUGGGCUCAACCAUAGAAAGUUGAGUGACAUGUUGAAAGAUACAGACACAGAAUCGCAAGAUUUACCAUAUUACACAGCAGUAAGAUGGCUAAGUUGUGAGAAAGUUCUGAGCAGAGUAUUUAAGUUAAGAAAGGAAAUAGGUGACUUCCUGGAGAGUAAAGGCAAGCCACAGCCAUCAGUGUCUGAUGAAGAGUGGGUAUGGAAAUUGGUCUUUGCUGCAGACAUAACUAGUCAUUUAAAUUUUCUGAACCUUAAACUACAAGGAGAGGAAACUCAAGUUUCUGAUCUAGACACCCACCUAAAGGCCUUCAGAUCUAAACUCGUCUUGUUUUUGUUUUUUUUUGUUGUUGUUUUUUUUUUUUGAACAAGUACAGGCCAAAAACUUGACUCACUUUCAGCAGCGGACGGUCUUCAUGGCUGAAGCAACAGCGGAAUUCCCUACCUGGUCUUUGCUGCAGACAUAACUAGUCAUUUAAAUUUUCUGAACCUUAAACUACAAGGAUAGGAAACUCAAGUUUCUGAUCUAGACACCCACCUAAAGGCCUUCAGAUCUAAACUCGUCUUGUUUUUGUUUUUUUUUGUUGUUGUUUUUUUUUUUGGAACAAGUACAGGCCAAAAACUUGACUCACUUUCAGCAGCGGACGGUCUUCAUGGCUGAAGCAACAGCGGAAUUCCCUACCACAUUUGUAUUCGAGAUCAUCAAAGACUCUCAGCUGCAGUUUCAGCAGCGGUUUUCUGACUUGGAUUCAAAUGCAGAAAUGAGGCUGUUUCAAAACCCAUUCGAAGCAGAUGUACCCAGUUGCCCAGAUAAACUGCAGCUGGAGGACUGGGGGUCAUUGAGUUGCAAGCAAAUAACCUCCUUAGGGACAAGUUCAAAGUAGGACUCGUGGGUUUUUACCAGUUUUUGCUCAAUAAAGACUUCCCUAAUUUCAAAACUUUUGCAUCAAGAUACAUUUCAAUCUUUGGAACAACAUACCUGUGUGAAGUAACAUUUUUAAGAAUGAAAUUCGUGAAGAACAAUUUGAGAACACAUUUGUCCGAUGACAAUCUCAGGUCACUGUUGGUGUUAGGGACAUCAACUCUAAAGCCAAAAAUGUCUGCUAUUUUGGCAUCCAGGAAACAAUUUCCCCAUUCCCACUAAUACAGAUGUUCAAUGUGUUAUUAAAAUAUAAUUGAAUAAAAUAAUAUUGAAUAAAUAAUUUUUAAAAAAAGAACAUCCAUGUUUUAAUUGUUUUUUAUUUGGACCUCGAGUGUGUAGUCGGCCCCGGAACUGCUGUUUGAUAUAUGUGGCCCACGGGCUUAAAAGUUUGGACACCCCUGAUCUACUCUUAUCUACUCUAAUCUUCUAUUAUCUACUCUGAUCUACACUCAUCUACUCUAAUCUACUCCAAUCUACUCUUAUCUACUCCAUUCUAAUCUUAUCUACUCUAAUUUAAUCUUAUCUACUUGUAUCUAUAAAUCUAAUCUAUUAUUAUCUACUCUAAUUUACUCUUAUCAACGCUAAGCUACUCUUAUCUACUCUAAUAUACUCUUAUCAACUAAUCUACUCUUAUCUACUCAUAUAUACUCGUAUCUACUCUAAUCUACUCUUACCUACUCUAAUCUACUCUUACCUACUCUAAUCUACUCUUAUCUACUCUAAGCUACUCUUAUUUAGUCUAAUGCCUGGCUCACAUAUAGUUACACGGCUUUUCUAUAGCUGUGACGUAUAUAGUCGUUUUGUCAAACCAUUGAAAAGCCCUGCCUGUUCGCAGAUGUCAAACUAAUGCAUAGUCCUACUUGACUUAUUUGGACGAAUCCUGUCGAUCGUUGGCACAUGUUGUCAAACUAAUGCAGAGUCCUACUUGACUUCUUUGGACGAAUCCUAUCGAUCGUUGGCACAUGUUGUCAAACUAAUGCAUAGUCCUACUUGACUUAUUUGGACGAAUCCUGUCGAUCGUUAGCACAUGUUGUCAAACUAAUGCAGAGUCAUACUUGACUUCUUUGGACGAAUCCUAUCGAUCGUUGGCACAUGUUGUCAAACUAAUGCAUAGUCCUACUUGACUUAUUUGGACGAAUCCUGUCGAUCGUUAGCACAUGUUGUCAAACUAAUGCAGAGUCAUACUUGACUUCUUUGUACUAAUCCUGUCGAUCGUUGGCACAUGUUGUCAAACUAAUGCAGAGUCCUACUUGACUUAUUUGGACGAAUCCUGUCGAUCGAUUACACAUGGUGUCAAACUAAUGCAGAGUCCUACUUGACUUAUUUGGACGAAUCCUGUCGAUCGUUGGCACAUGUUGUCAAACUAAUGCAGAGUCCUACUUGACUUAUUUGGACGAAUCCUGUCGAUCGUUGGCACAUGGUGUCAAACUAAUGCAGAGUCCUACUUGACUUAUUUGGACGAAUCCUAUCGAUCGUUGGCACAUGUUGUCAAACUAAUGCAUAGUCCUACUUGACUUAUUUGGACGAAUCCUGUCGAUCGUUAGCACAUGUUGUCAAACUAAUGCAGAGUCAUACUUGACUUCUUUGGACGAAUCCUAUCGAUCGUUGGCACAUGUUGUCAAACUAAUGCAUAGUCCUACUUGACUUAUUUGGACGAAUCCUGUCGAUCGUUAGCACAUGUUGUCAAACUAAUGCAGAGUCAUACUUGACUUCUUUGUACUAAUCCUGUCGAUCGUUGGCACAUGUUGUCAAACUAAUGCAAAGUCCUACUUGACUUAUUUGGACGAAUCCUGUCGAUCGUUGGCACAUGUUGUCAAACUAAUGCAUAGUCCUACUUGACUUAUUUGGACGAAUCCUGUCGAUCGUUGGCACAUGUUGUCAAACUAAUGCAUAGUCCUACUUGACUUAUUUGGACGAAUCCUGUCGAUCGAUUACACAUGGUGUCAAACUAAUGCAGAGUCCUACUUGACUUAUUUGGACGAAUCCUGUCGAUCGUUGGCACAUGUUGUCAAACUAAUGCAGAGUCCUACUUGACUUAUUUGGACGAAUCCUGUCGAUCGUUGGCACAUGGUGUCAAACUAAUGCAUAGUCCUACUUGACUUAUUUGGACGAAUCCUGUCGAUCGUUGGCACAUGUUGUCAAACUAAUGCAUAGUCCUACUUGACUUAUUUGGACGAAUCCUGUCGAUCGUUGGCAGAUGUUGUCAAACUAAUGCAGAGUCCUACUUGACUUAUUUGGACGAAUCCUGUCGAUCGUUGGCACAUGUUGUCAAACUAAUGCAGAGUCCUACUUGACUUAUUUGGACGAAUCCUGUCGAUCGUUGGCACAUGUUGUCAAACUAAUGCAGAGUCCUACUUGACUUAUUUGGACGAAUCCUGUCGAUCGUUGGCACAUGUUGUCAAACUAAUGCAGAGUCCUACUUGACUUAUUUGGACGAAUCCUGUCGAUCGUUCACUCGCAUAACAAAAAAGCCAAAUCGUGAGUCUGCAAAAACUAAAGCACGCAAUCAGAAUGUGACAUGGUCGGACUGUGACAUGAUCAGACUGUGACAUGAUCAGCCUGUGACACGAUCAGACUCUGACAUGAUCAGACUGUGACAUGAUCAGACUGUGACAUUGUCUAUGGCAUUUAUUUGUUUGACAGUGCCAAUAGGUCUUUAUUUCUGAUUGUCAAGACAGUUUUUCGUUUGCAAGGAUGCUAAUUAUUUAUAGUUUGGUGCGUUUAGAAUGAAGGAUGCUCACGUUUAUCAACGCCAUUGAUGAUUGAUAAAUAGUACGGUUUUAAAACCCUAAAACAUGAUUUUAGAAUCCUUGACGAUAUCGCAUUGGCCAUGAUCUGAUCAAUUCCAUUAUACUGGUAAAUCCAGUGCUGAUGUAUCGUACAAUUUCAAUCUAUGCUUGCAAGAGUUAGUGUCAAAAGUUAAGACAUGACUUAAGACACGCCUUUAGAUAUAAUUAGGUCUAUAACAUAAGUCUAUAACAUAAGUCUGUAAUAUAGGUCUAUAAAAUAGGGCCAUAUCCUUGGAUUCACAUAAUUUUUUAUUGACUAUAAUGUUUUCUACCAGUAUAAUUCAUAUGAUAACUUUCUAUGUUGGCAUGUUUGGUAUUAGUAUAAUCCCUUUCGCAAGUUUGUUUUAGCGUUUAACAUUUGAAAAGUUAGAAUUGCUUUAGCUUAGAAAAAUACCUCAGACUUUUUCUUAAGUACCUUCAUGAAAUUAAAAAUUUGCUGAAAAAAAAAUAAUGAUACCUUCCUCCCAGGUCAAAAUAUGGUUCCAGAACAGACGAGCGAAGUGGAAAAGGGUCAAGGCCGGGAACGUACAUUCCAGACAUAAUGGAGUUAGUCAAGGCCAGACGGGGCACCAAAAGACGAAAAUAGUGGUCCCCAUUCCUGUCCAUGUGACUCGUAUAGCCAUCAGGGGUCAGCACCAACAGGACAAGCAGAGACCCCUUUAAAACCAACCGGGGUCAGGCACCAGCAGGACAGGAGAUAGAGACCUCUUUAACGUCAUCAUGGGUCAGCACCAACACAAGCAGAGACCACUUUUAUGAGAAUAAGAAUAAGGGUUCACUUUAUCUGGAACUUUAACCUUAUGGAUCUCGGGCCAAACUGGACUACCAAUAAAACUUAAAACAUUGUGACAGUUGGUUGACUCAUGGCAUGAAGUCUGUAGUUUGGUCUCAUCAAAUUGCAUAUUUGUAUGUUGUUCUAGAUUCUAGACCCUCGUGAGUUUGUACAUUUUCAGAUACUCUAAAAUGUUGCGAGCAAGACUUGUCCUUAAGAAGGCUCUUUCCAACAUGGGGCUAUGUCUAACACAGGGCUAUGUCCGAUACUGGGCUAAGAACAACGCUAACUUUUUCCAACACUGGCUUUUUCCAGCUAAUGGUUAUGUACUACACUGGAUUUGUCCAACACGUGGCUUUGUCCAAGACAGGCCUUUGUCCAACAUGGACUUUGCCAAACGCUGGAUUUAUCCAACACAGGGCUUUAUCCAGACAGGGCUUUGUCCAACACAGGGAUUUGUCCAACAUGGACUUUGCCAAACACUGGUUUAUCCAACACAGGGCUUUAUCCAAGACAUGGCUUUGUCCAACAUGGACUUUGCCAAACACUGGUUUUAUCCAACACAGGGCUUUGCCCAAGACGGGGCUUUGUCCAACAUAGGCUUUGUCCAGCACAUGUUCUUGUCCAACAUGGACUUUGCCAAACACUGAGUUUAUCCAAGACAUGGCUUUGUCCAGCAUGGGCUUUGCCAAACACUGGUUUUAUCCGACACUGGGCUUUUCCCCAAAACAGGGCUUUGUUCAACAUGGGCUUUGACCAGCAGAUGGCUUUGUCCAACAUGGGUUUUGACCAGCAGAUGGCUUUGUCCCAAAUGGGCUUUGUCCAGCACACGGCUUUGUCCAACAUGGGUUUUGUCAAACACUGGUUUUAUCCAACACAUGCCCUUAUUUCACGCAGUCUUUGGUCUUCUAUAAGACAUCACCGCCAAUACCUGAUGUU